CGGAGGGGGGUGGGGAGAGGUGAGUGUUCCUGGAGCCGCGAGCUAGGUCCGCUGUGCGGGUUCCGCCUCCUUGCGCAGCGUGGCCGUGUGCGUAUGCGCCGGCGUCCCGGCAGCCAUCUUAGCUCCCGGCGCGGCGACUGGAGGGCGAACAUGGCGGCCGUGCUCGUGCGGCGCCUGGCGGCGGCGGCCCUAGCCCUGUCCCGGCCCGGCCUGCCUGUGUGGGCCCCGGCGGCUCUGGGCGCCGCGCCGCGCCCGCUGCUAGCGGCCGCGGCCCUCCCGCCCUUCCCGGCGCCCAGCGCGGGCAUGAAGGUGAAGGUGGUGCUGCGGCGGCGCUGCAAGGACUGCUUCAUCGUGCGGCGGCGCGGCCGCCUCUACGUCUGCUGCAAAACCAACCCCCGCCACAAGCAGCGCCAGCUCUAGCGCCCGCGGCCCCUAGCUGCGAGCGCGACCAGACCCUCCCUGGGAAGGGAGCAGGCGGCAGCUGGAGCCGAGGGGGUGGGAAGGAGCCUUUGAAGCCUGCAGCGGGGACCAGCACCAGCUCCUGUAGCUUCUUCUCUCUCUUUUUUUCACCAGUGUCUGGUGUGAACACUAGGCUGUAACAGUAAACUUCUGGGUUCCUA